AUGCCUCUUUUACCGACAGUGUUGUCAAAUAUCGGCCAAGGGAGAUUGUGGUGUGGAUUUAUUACAACCAGUGGCCAAUUUGCCAAGGAUGAAUUAGAACAAUUGAACCUUAAAGGAGAUCUUUACAUCAAACACCUAGAGAGAGUAAAAAGUGUAAUGGAAUCCAGGAAAGCCAAUAUGUCGAGAAAGCAUGUGAAGCAGUUGCAAUUGUCGUGGGAGAGAAAUGAAGAGUUCCAAUUACAAGAAAAUGUUGAGGAGAUUCUUGAAGUGCUUCAACCUCUUACCCAACAACUUCAAACUUUGAGUGUGCAAAGAUAUACAAGUAAACUUUUUCCAACAUAG